AUGAGUGAUUCUGAAAAACAACAACAAACAGCUAUUUUAUCAGUUUAUGAUAAAACUGGUUUAUUAGAUUUAGCUAAAGGUUUAGCAAAUGCUGGUGUUAGAAUUUUAGCCUCUGGUGGUACCGCAAAUUUAAUUAGAGGUGCUGGUUUCAAAGUUGAAGAUGUUUCAUCAAUUACUCAUGCUCCAGAAAUGUUAGGUGGUAGAGUUAAAACUUUACAUCCAGCUGUUCAUGGUGGUAUUUUAGCAAGAAACAUUGAUUCUGAUGAACAAGAUUUAGUAGCGCAAGGUAUUGAUAAAGUUGAUUUUGUUGUUUGUAAUUUAUAUCCUUUCAAAGAAACCGUUGCAAAAGCUGCUGUUACUGUUGCUGAAGCUGUUGAAGAAAUUGAUAUUGGUGGUGUUACAUUAUUAAGAGCAGGUGCAAAAAAUCAUCAAAGAGUUACAAUUUUAUCAGAUCCAAAAGAUUAUGCACAAUUUUUGGAAGAAUUAAAAAAUGGUGAAAUUAAAACUGAAACAAGAAAUAAAUUUGCUUUAAAAGCUUUUGAACAUACUGCUGAUUAUGAUGUUGCAAUUUCAGAUUUUUUUAGAAAACAAUAUGCAGAAAAUAUUUCACAGUUACCUUUAAGAUAUGGUGCAAAUCCUCAUCAAAAACCAGCGCAAGCUUUUGUUUCAGAAGGUAUUUUACCAUUUAAAGUUUUAAAUGGUUCUCCAGGUUAUAUUAAUUUAUUAGAUGCUUUAAAUUCAUGGCCAUUAGUUAAAGAAUUAUCAGCUUCAUUAAAUUUACCAGCUGCUGCUUCAUUUAAACAUGUUUCACCAGCUGGUGCAGCUGUUGGUUUACCAUUAAGUGAUGUUGAAAAAAAAAUUUACUUUGUUGAAGAUAUUGAAAAUUUGUCACCAUUAGCAAAUGCAUAUGCAAGAGCAAGAGGUGCUGAUAGAAUGUCAUCAUUUGGAGAUUUUAUUGCAUUAUCAAAUAUUGUUGAUAAGCCAACUGCCCAAAUUAUAUCAAAAGAAGUUUCAGAUGGUGUAAUUGCUCCAGGUUAUUCAGAAGAAGCUCUUGAAAUUUUAAAGAAGAAGAAAAAUGGUAAAUAUUGUAUUUUACAAAUUGAUCCAAAUUAUAAUCCAGAUCCAUUAGAAAUUAGACAAGUUUAUGGAAUAUCAUUACAACAAAAAAGAAACGAUGCAAUUUUUAAAGGUUCAAGUUUUAAAGAAAUUGUUUCAAAUAAUAAAAAUUUAACUGAACAAGGUGCAAUUGAUUUAACUAUAGCUACAAUUGCAUUAAAAUAUACCCAGUCAAAUUCAGUUUGUUAUGCUAAAAAUGGUAUGGUUAUUGGUUUAGGUGCCGGCCAACAAUCAAGAAUUCAUUGUACUAGAUUAGCAGGUGAUAAAGCUGAUAAUUGGUGGUUAAGACAACAUCCAAGAGUUUUAGGUUUUAAAUGGGCAAAAGGUGUCAAAAGACCAGAAAAAUCAAAUGCAAUUGAUUUAUAUUGCUCAAAUCAAAUUCCAACUGAUGAACCAGAAAAAUCAGAAUAUGAAAGUAAAUUUGAAGAAGUACCAAAACCUUUAUCUAUUGAAGAAAGAAAAGAAUGGUUAAAAAAAUUAAAUAAUGUUGCAUUAAGUUCUGAUGCAUUUUUCCCAUUUCCAGAUAAUGUAUAUAGAGCUUCAAGAAGUGGUGUUAAAUUUAUUGCUGCACCAUCUGGUUCAGUUAUGGAUAAAGCUGUAUUUGCAGCUGCAGAUGCUAAUGAUAUUGUUUAUGUAGAAAAUCCAAUUCGUUUAUUUCAUCAUUAA